GUCGACCGUUCGAUUCAGGUAGAGUCCGCUGUGCAUCGGGCCAUUUUUGACAGUGUCGAUAUUUCAGAACGGUAGACGGAAAAAUACAUUGUAUGUACGUCUGUACAUAUCUGAAAUCCGUGGUCUAUCUUUAACAUAAAUAAACAGUAGAUGUCGCUAAAUUUGAACUUUGAUGCUGUUUGAUACCAUUCUUUAUUAUUGAAUAAGAUCAGAAACGCGGGAAAGUGACUUGUGGAUGCUUUUAAAUACUACAGAAAGGUUGGAAUUUUGAAAGAAAUAAUGUCUAGUCCUAGAUCAUCAGGGACAAAUAAUAGUCCAAGUAGAACUCCUAGAAGACAAGCUCAGGGUUCUAGAUCUCCUUCUGUUUUUGGCACGCCGCGUGCUGCAAUUCGCAGUGGAGUCGAAAAUAAUGUGGAAACUCCUUUACGAUGGGGUACCACUGGCACACAACGAAAUGCAGAUGCUGAAAAUCGAACUGCUACAAUUGUUGCUUCCUCGGAACAUGAUAGUGCUGCUGGUUCUGGUGAUCGUCUGACAGAUCACUCAGGACAAAUUAUUGGAUCGGAAACUGGUUUGCAAUUGUCAUCACCAGUAAAUUAUGGUACUCCAAGUUCUUUAGGAUCGAUUCGUACACCAAGGAGUGGAAUUCGAGGUACUCCGAUUCGACAUAGGCCUGAUAUUAAUACAGAUAAACGUUUACGUCAGUUUCCAUUACAAGAACCUAUUCCGGAAGUUCCAAAUGUCCCAGGAACAUCAGAAAGUGAUACAGCUGGGCCUCAUUUGGUUGUAUGGGGAACAAAUGUAGUUAUUAAUCAAUGCAAGGAGCAAUUCAAAUUGUUCUUUCAACAAUUUAUUGAUCCAGAUGCUGAAAAUGAUGAACUACCAGAAAACAUGAAUUUAUCAGAACCAUUAUAUCUUCAAAAGCUAGAAGAAAUACAUACCUUAGAAGAACCAUAUUUAAAUGUUAACUGUGCUCAUGUGAAGUCUUUUGAUCGGCAUAUUUAUCAACAAUUAGUUUCUUAUCCUCAAGAAGUAAUACCAACUCUUGACAUGGCUGCAAAUGAAUUAUUCUUUGAAAAAUUCCCAGCAGCAGUAUUGGAGCAUCAAAUACAAGUGCGUCCUUUCAAUGUAGCCAAGAUUAUAACCAUGAGGGAAUUGAAUCCUACCGAUGUUGAUCAAUUAAUUACUAUACCUGGAAUGGUGAUUAGAGUAUCAAGACUAAUUCCACAAAUGCGUGAAGCUUAUUUUAAGUGCAGUAUUUGUGCGUUUACAACUCUUGUUGAAAUUGAAAAAGGAAAAACAAAAGAGCCUACAGUAUGUGCAUCUUGUUCGCAUAAGUAUUCCUUCACUUUAGUACAUAAUUUAAGUCAUUUUUCUGACAAACAAAUGAUAAAAUUACAAGAAGCUCCAGAUGAAAUGCCACAAGGCCAGACCCCUCAUACUAUUAUUUUAUUUGCUCAUAAUAAUUUAGUGGAUGCUGUCAUGCCUGGAGAUAGAGUCUCUGUUACUGGAAUUUAUAGAGCAGCUACUCAUAAGCCUAAUUUUGAACAUAAUUUGCAAGCUAUUUACAGAACAUACGUUGAUGUAGUUCACUUUAGAAAAUAUGACUCAAAACGACUACACGAUCAAGAAGAUGGCAAGGAACAUAAUUUCACACCUCAAAGAGUGGAACUUUUGAAAAUGUUAUCGCAAAAGAAAGAUGUGUAUGAACAAUUAGCAGGACAUAUUGCUCCUAGUAUAUAUGCAAAUACCGAUGUGAAAAAAGGUAUUGUAUUGCAAUUGUUUGGUGGAACUAGAAAAUCUUCAACAAUACAUGGAAAACAUUUUCGACCUGAUAUAAACAUAUUACUCUGUGGUGAUCCUGGCACAAGCAAGUCACAAUUAUUACAAUAUGUUUAUAAUUUAGUACCAAGGUCUCAAUAUACCAGUGGAAAAGGUUCCAGUGCUGUUGGUUUAACAGCGUACGUUACAAAAGAUCCAGAAACUGGACAAUUAAUAUUGCAAACAGGAGCAUUGGGAUUGGCAGAUAAUGGAAUAUGUUGUAUCGAUGAAUUUGACAAAAUGAAUGAAAGUGCUAGAUCAGUAUUGCACGAAGUAAUGGAACAGCAGACUUUAAGCAUAGCUAAAGCUGGUAUUAUUUGUCAAUUAAAUGCCAGGACCAGUAUACUUGCUGCAGCUAAUCCAUGCGAAUCUCAGUGGAAUAAAAAUAAAACUGUGGUCGAAAAUGUGAAAUUACCCCACACUUUACUUUCUCGAUUUGAUUUAAUAUUUUUAAUGUUAGAUCCUCAAAAUGAUGCGUAUGACAAUAAACUCGCAACUCAUAUGGUAUCCUUAUAUUAUAAAACAUCAAAAGACAAUGAAGAUGAACAACUAAAUAGGGGCAUUGUUCGUGAUUAUAUAGUCUUUGCAAAGGAACAUGUGCAACCUGUUCUCAACGAAGAAAGUCAACAGAGGCUGAUACAAGCUUAUGUCGAUAUGAGAAGAGUUGGGAGAGGACGUGGACAAAUAACAGCAUACCCUAGACAAUUAGAAUCUCUGAUAAGAUUGGCUGAAGCACAUGCCAAAUUACGAUUAAGUCCCAUUGUAGAGUUACACGAUGUGGAGGAAGCUUGGAGGUUACACAGAGAAGCUCUGAAACAAUCUGCUAUUGACCCACUAAGUGGUAAAAUAGAUAUUAGUAUUCUAACUACUGGCAUAUCUUCGGUAGCCCGGAAAAAGAAGAAGGAAUUAUGCGAUGCACUCCAAAAAAUUAUUGAAAACAAGGAUAAAAUUCACAUACUUAAUCAACAGAAACUUCUUGCAGAAAUUAGACAAUCUUCUGAAUUGAUGAUUACUAAAGACAUGUUUGAAGAUGCUUUACGGGAACUACAAGAUAAUGGACUAAUAACAGUGAUUGGAAGAAGCAGUAUUCGCAUAUCAUAAUUAUGAAUAUAUUAUACAUUUUACUAUUUUUGUAAAAGACCAGAUGAACUAUGCAUUAUAAAAGGUGUUGAAAACAUUUUUUUAAAUAAAG